AUGGAACCUACUUUGGACUAUAACACAACUACCAACACUUCUAUUGACAAGUGGUCUCUCAAUGGGCACCCUUCAAGUCAACCUCUCGACCAGGAGGAGCUGCGUGUCCUCGUCCCGUCCAUUUUGGGUGUCAUCUGUGCUUUAGGUGUGGCUUGCAACCUCACUGCUAUGUUCAUACUACUGUCCAAUGCUCACAAGGGCAAACUUUCUCUCAUCAACUCCCUCAUAUUCAACCUGAUGUUUGCAGAUGGGCUUGUUCUGCUGUUUUCUGUCCCAUUCAAAGCGGUGUCCUUCUCCAAAGCAAGCUGGACUCUUGGUUGGGUGGUGUGCAAAACAUCUGACUGGUUUCUCCACACAUGCAUGGCAGCCAAAAGCUUCACUGUUGCUGUUAUGGCUAAAGCGUGCUACCGCUACGUGUCCAAUCCGACCAAGCAAGUCAGUAUCCAUCUGGGUUCCAUUGUAGUGGUGCUUUUCUUCAUCUGGCUAUCCUCUUGUUGCAUCACCAUCCCACAAUGGCUAUUUGAAGUUCUCCAAAAGGGAAUCCAAGGGCUAAAUUGUGUUUUCAUUGUCCCACCUGAAGCCAGAGAAUUCAUGUCAGUCUAUGUCAAAGCAUACCCCCUAAGUGUCUACUGUGCACCUCUGAGUUUUGCGUUAAUGUAUUUUUGGAAAGCUUAUGGACAAUGCCAACGGCGUUCAAGCAAAACUCAAAAUCUCCGAACCCAGAUUAGAUCAAGGAAGCUGACAUUGAUGCUUUUUAGUCUGACCGUUGCUAUGGCGAUCUUAUGGCUUCCCCAAUGGGUGGUGUGGGUAUGGGAAAGACACCUCGCAGAAAAACAACUUGAAAAUCAUUUUUUCCCAUCCCCACCUUUGCUACUGAUUAUCUCAGCUCAACUACUCAGCUUCUCAAUGUCUCUAGUGAAUCCUCUUAUCGUGUUAUCCUUAUCGGAAGAAUUUAGGGAGGGCUAUAGGGGUCUGUGGAGACGCCUCACCCUAAGAAAGCAACCUCCCCCAAAAGCCAAACCGGGACCACACAACCCCACCUCCCUGAGAUCUCCAAGUCCAAGGCCAGAAGUGUCGGUUGAGUCGUCACGAGAGAGGAGUUUGAGUCAAAGCAUUUCUCAAGACCAGUUGGAGAAAAAGGGGAAAGAAGAAGAGGGGAUAGUGCUGCCAGAUGUGGAACAGUUUUGGCACGAGAGAGAAGGUGGGUCACAGACGGCAGAGAAUGAUCCAGUACCGUGGGAGCAUCAGGAUAAGAAGUGA